AUGUCUGUUGAGAGAAUUGAACUCGGACAAGUCAAGCACACCGAGAUAGAGGUGGAAGAAGUUGGUGGAAGUGUUACAAUCAGAGAUGAGGCGCAUGCAAAAGCAAACCAUUACAUCAAAGAAAGCAGGCCAUAUUUUCCCCAUGAAAAGUUGCCUAUUUACAUCGACUGUCUCUACUUCUUAAAGUUCGCCAGAGCAUUUUGUCUUGCGAGUGUUCUCGGCAUCUGGAAGGUAAGUGGUGGAUCGGUGAUUAUGCAAGUCGUCCUCUUCAUCGGUUGCUUGGCGUUUUUGACAGUUUACGGCCAACAUGAGCUGGUGAAUCAGAGAUCUUUACCGACUGUUUUGAAGCAGCCCGUCUUGGCAGGUCAGAAAUCCACCAACGCCUUUUACGAAGUCACUGUAACAGAUCUUGAGGGAAUUGCUUUGCAGAAUUAUCAAGCUGGUGUUGGCUUUGUCAGUGUGUCUCAGGGAAAGAUCAAGUUCCAGGCCUUCAACAAGAGAGCGAAGAAAUACAUGAGAAGAGCAAUUUGA